AUGCCCGUGGAGGAGUUUGUGGCCGGCUGGAUCUCCGGAGCUCUGGGCUUGGUCCUGGGACACCCUUUUGACACCGUAAAGGUGCGGCUACAGACCCAGACCACAUACCGGGGCAUCAUCGAUUGUAUGGUUAAGACUUACCGCCAUGAGUCGCUUCUGGGCUUUUUCAAGGGAAUGAGCUUCCCCAUUGCGAGCAUAGCUGUGGUCAACUCCGUCCUGUUCGGGGUCUACAGCAACACGCUGCUGGCACUCAUAGCGACCUCCCACCAGGAGCGGCGGGCCCAGCCACCCAGCUACACGCAUGUCUUCACAGCUGGCUGCACUGGAGGGUUCGUGCAGGUCUACUGCUUGGCCCCUUUUGACCUCAUCAAAGUUCGGCUACAAAACCCGACGGAGCCGAGGGCGCGGCCGGGCAGCCCCCCGCCCCGGUACCGGGGGCCUGUGCACUGCGCAGUCUCCAUCUGCCAGGAGGAGGGGCCCCGGGGUCUCUUCCGGGGAGCCUGGGCCCUGACGCUGAGGGUCACCCCCACGCUGGGCAUCUGUUUUGUCACCUGUGAGUGGCUCUGCCGCCAGUCCACGCCGGACGGCCAGAACCCCAGUAAGUUGGGGAUGCCCACAGUGCUGGUGGCAGGGGGCUUCGCAGGCAUCGUCUCCUGGGCCGUGGCCACCCCCUUGGACGUGAUCAAGUCCUGGAUGCAGAUGGCCGGGCUGAAGCACAGGGUGUACCGGGGGCUGCUGGACUGCAUGGCAAGCAGUGUCCGGCAGGAAGGACUGGGGGUCUUCUUCCGGGGGCUUAUGAUCAACAGCGCCCGCGCCUUUCCUGUCAACGCUAUCACCUUCCUCAGCUACGAGUACCUCCUGCGCUGGUGGGGAUGA